AUGGACAAAGUUAUCGAGUUGGGUAUUAAAGCUGUUGAUUGUUGGUAUGGUGAAAUUGAGUUUUUUGAUUUUCAAGUGACGAACGAACAAAUGGCCGCUACAUCAAAAGCUCGUAAUUUAUUUAUUUUCUAGAGUUAUAAUAUUAUAAUUUAUGACUUUUUUUUCGGUUUUUGCAUAUGUCUUGCAGUUCACUUUACUCAAGUGGUGUGGAAGGACAGCAAAGAACUCGGCGUCGGCGCGUCAAAAAGCGUGAAAACCGGAGAAAUAUAUUUAGUUUGUAAUUACGAUCUACCGGGAAAUGUAGAAUCAGAUUUCAAAAACAACGUUUUGCCACCAAAAUCCUCGUAA